UUAAACCCCAGCAGUGCAGGUUGGUGGUUUUCUGAUUCCCGCCUCUUAUCUCCAGCAAACCCACAUUGCAGCUCAAAACAACCAUCUCCGGAGCAUGAUUUCUCUCUCACACCCACCUCAACUUUCCACUCUCCCCAUAAAUUCUCCUCUUCCAAAGAGGAAUUUGACUGGUUCUCGAGUUUUCCUCCCACCCAACAGUGAAAAGAGUAGCUAUAUAUGCAAUUGCUCUGCCGCCGACCACCCGCAAUCGCAACCGAGGCGCUCGCAGAGGCCGCGAAAGAAAAACCAGCAGCUUGAUGCUGAUAAAAAGGAUGGCAUUGAUCCCGUCGGAUUCCUCGCCAGACACGGUAUUACGAAUAAAGCCUUCGCGCAGUUCCUUCGCGAGAGGUAUAAAGCAUUGAAGGACUUGAAGGAUGAACUUUUCAAACGCCACUUCAAUCUCCAGGAGCUGGCUUCUGGGUUUGAGAUAUUGGGCAUGCAUCGGAACGUGCAACAUCGUGUGGAUUACAUGGAGUGGGCUCCAGGUGCUCGCUAUUGUUCCCUGGUGGGGGAUUUUAAUGGUUGGUCACCAACGGAGAAUUCUGCUCGGGAGGGUCAUUUUGGUCAUGAUGAUUAUGGGUACUGGUUUAUAAUUCUUGAAGAUAAACUGAGGGAAGGAGAAGAACCAGAUCAAGUGUAUUUUCAACAGUAUAAUUACGUUGAUGAAUAUGAUAAAGGCGACAGUGGUGUUACAAUUGAAGAAAUUUUUAAGAAAGCAAAUGAUGAGUACUGGGAACCUGGUGAAGACCGCUUUAUAAAAUCACGCUAUGAGCUUGCAGCUAAGCUUUAUGAGCAAAUCUUUGGGCCCAAUGGGCCACAAACAGAAGAGGAACUGGAAGAAAUACUAGAUCCAGAGACAAGAUACAAGGCCUGGAAGGAGAAGCAUAAAGAUGAUCCACCAAGCAAUUUACCUCCUUGUGAUGUGAUUGAUGAUGGAAAAGAACAUGAUGAGUUUGAAGUUGUAACUGAUCCUGUUUGGCAAGAGAAAUUCAGAUCCAAGAAGCCUCCUAUCGCUUAUUGGUUGGAGACUAGAAAAGGAAGGAAAGCGUGGUUAAAAAAGUAUAGACCAGGGAUCCCGCAUGGAAGCAAAUACAGGGUGUACUUCAAUACUCCAGCGGGACCUUUGGAGAGAGUUCCUGCUUGGGCUACUUAUGUGAUUCCAGAAGCAGAUGGCAACCAAUCUUUUGCUGUUCAUUGGGAACCACCUCCGGAAUGUGCCUACAGAUGGAGGCAUAAGCAUCCACCAAAGCCAAAAUCUUUGCGCAUAUAUGAAUGUCAUGUUGGGAUAAGUGGACAGGAGCCUAGAGUUGCCACUUUUAAUGAGUUUACUGAGAAUGUCCUAACUCAUGUAAAAGAAGCUGGAUACAAUGCAAUCCAAUUGAUUGGAGUUCUUGAGCAUAAAGAUUACUUCACUGUUGGCUACAGAGUGACGAAUUUUUAUGCUGUUAGCAGCCGUUAUGGUACACCUGAAGACUUCAAGCGCUUGGUGGAUGAAGCACAUGGACUUGGUUUACUUGUCUUUUUAGAUAUUGUCCAUUCUUAUGCUGCAGCUGACGAAAUGGUUGGGUUAUCAUUUUUUGAUGGAUCAAAUGAUUGCUACUUCCAUUCAGGUAAAAGAGGCCAUCACAAAUUUUGGGGCACAAGAAUGUUCAGAUAUGGGGACCAUGAUGUGUUGCAUUUCCUUCUUUCAAAUUUAAAUUGGUGGAUAAUGGAGUACCAGAUUGACGGAUUCAAUUUUCAUUCUCUUUCAUCAAUGAUGUAUACACACAAUGGAUUUGCUACAUUUACUGGUGAUAUGGAAGAGUACUGUAAUCAAUAUGUCGACAAGGAUGCUUUUCUGUAUCUCAUUUUGGCAAAUGAGAUAUUGCAUGUUCUUCAUCCUAAUAUAGUGACAAUUGCUGAAGAUGUUACACUUUAUCCUGGACUGUGUGAACCAACUUCUCAAGGUGGAUUGGGAUUUGAUUAUUUUGUUAAUCUCUCUGCAUCAGAGUUGUGGCUAUCAUUGCUUGAAAAUGUUCCUGACCAUGAAUGGAGCAUGAGUAAGCUAGUGAGCACAUUAACUGGAAACAAGUCCAGUGCUGAUAAGAUGCUUCUGUACGCAGAAAAUCACAACCAGUCCAUUUCAGGGGGCCGGUCAUUUGCAGAUAUUCUCUUUGGUUCGGCUACCACGGAAGAGGACUUGCUUAGAGGUUGUUCAUUGCAUAAGAUGAUCAGAUUAAUUACAUUCACAAUUGGUGGUCCAGCAUACCUCAACUUCAUGGGCAAUGAAUUUGGGCACCCAAAGAGGGUUGAGUUCCCAAUGUCAAGCAACAAUUUUUCCUAUUCACUUGCUAAACGCUGCUGGGAACUUUUGGAGGAUGGAUUUCAUAACAAAUUGUUUGCUUUUGAUAAGGACAUGAUGAAACUGGAUAUAGAAGAAAGAAUACUUCUAAGAGGUUCAAGAGGCCUUCCCAAUAUUCACCAUGUAAAUGAUACUACAAUGGUGAUAUCUUUUUUACGAGGCCCUUUCCUCUUUGUCUUCAACUUUCAUCCCACAAAUUCAUAUGGAAGAUAUAGUAUAGGUGUUGAAGAAGCUGGAGAGUAUCAAAUCGUGUUGAAUACUGAUGAAGAGAUUUAUGGCGGUCAAGGACUAAUUGGUCGUGACCAAUAUGCUCAAAGAACCAUUAGCAGAAGAACUGAUGGUACCAGAUUUUGCUUGGAAGUGCCACUCCCAAGUAGAACUGCUCAGGUCUAUAAGUUAACUCGGAUUCUCAGAAUAUGACUCCAGCAGCUGCUUUCAGGCCUAUUUUUCUUCGAUAAUCAGCAUCAAUGUGCCAAUCCUGCGACUGAUACACAGAUUUGCCUAGCUAUUUUAAUCGCCUUUGUUCUCAUGCCAAGGAGCUCGUAAGAGGAAAUUUAUUAAACAAGCUCAGAACAAAUGAGAUGCUUUUGAAAUUGCAGAUGUAUACUAUCUAUAUGCGAAUACCUCACCGUAUAUAUGGAUUUUCAUGUGCGAGAAUUAUGUUUAGCAUUAAGAAGGCUAAGUACACUUUACUAUAGAUUGUAGACGACUUUUGAUACUUUGUAGUAUUUUUAGUUCGACAGGUGGGUAACGUGGGUAGCAGUAGGAUUAGUUUGAGAUGUACAAGAAUCACAUCUAACUGAUAUCAAAAUUUUCCUUUUGAUGGUUCUGUAACAA